UGGUGCCAGAGUGUAUUCCAUCUAUUUUCCUUAACCUGCUUAAAGUCCAUUCACUUCUAUAGAGUGGGACAGGUAGGAGAAGAGGUCUCCAUGGUUUUGACGAGCUCAAAGAAGAAUUGCAUAUUUAAUUCACAAUAAAUUUCGAACAAAAUCCAAAUUCGUAAAGUUGGACAUCAAUACAUAUUUACUAAUUCAAGGUAUAGAGAGGUCACAUUAAUAAGUCUAGAGUCAGGUUUCCCUGAUUAUGUCCGCCCCCUGAAACUAAACAUUUAUUGCAAAAUUAAUAAAUGAGGUGGAUGAAAAUAUGUAGCGGGAAAGCUAUUCGACAAAAAAUUGGUAGCAAAGAUUUGUUCCAGUAUUAUCCCAAAUUUCCACAAAGGCACGACCUCCUACAAAAUCUGUCCAACAGAGAUUCCAAGAACAACAAUAGGGCGAAAAUAUGAAGGAUUCUGGCACCCAGAGUAACCAUGAUGGCCGUAUCAAACGGAAAUUCCGCUGUGAACAUUCCUCCUGUGGGAAAUUAUUUACAAGGAAAGAACAUUUGGACGUACAUUUUACCACGCACUCUUCCCUCCGACCCUACUCUUGCCCCAUAUGUCGGAAAACCUUCAAACACAAAAACGCUCUAGCAACCCACAUCAAAAUCCACAAUGAGGAACAGCCCCACCUCUGCGGAUUCCCCAAUUGUGGAAAAUCAUUCCGGAGUUUGCGUGGCCUUCGCCUACAUGAAAAACUUCACGGGGACCCCGACGCCUAUAAAGUAUUUCAAUGCCCCUCUUGUCCAAAACGUUUUGGGAGGCGGGCUCGCCUUAAGGGUCACGAGGAGUCUGUCCACCUUAAACUCAAACCAUUCAGGUGCCCCCUAUGUCCCAAGUAUUUCGGGACUCCGUCCCAAGUAAAAAAUCAUCUGAGUCAGUUUCACCUUAAGGAGAAACCCCUUAAAUGCGACCAAUGUGGGAAGGAGUGUGGGACCAAGACCGCCCUCGACUCGCACCGUGAAACGCAUAAAAGUCUCAACGACCGAAAACUUUAUCCUUGUAAAGUUCCCCGAUGUGGGAGGAUAUUUAGGCACGAGGGAACUUUAAAAGGUCACGAGAAAUUAGUCCAUGAAGGACUCGGCUUUACCUGUGGGGUGGCCAAUUGUGGAAAAAAGUUUGCUACAAGGUCUUACCUGCGACAGCACGAGGCUGCCCAUUCCCUCCAGAAGGAGUGUAUUUGCACAAAAUGCGGUAAAAUGUUGGGCUCCCUGAACAAAUUGGAGCGGCAUGACAAGAUCGUUCAUGGGACCCGAUACAGAUGUAAGGUUGCCAAAUGUAGACUAGAUUUUUGUAGUGUGAGCCGCCUUCGCAGGCACGAGGUGACCCACGUGGCUCGCCUAGAAUGCUACUUUUGUCACAAAUUCUUCAAGUGGAAUCAAGGCAUAGAGAACCAUCUCCGCGUGCACACUUUAGAACGCCCAUUCUCUUGCAAGGUUCCCCACUGUGGGUUUGCCAGUGGGCAAAAGAGUAAUUUAACAAGUCAUGAGUGGACGCAUGACAAGGGAGGGGCUACCUUGCAGUGUGCCUCGUGCCCUAAGAAGUUCCUCACGCGGUAUUCCCUAACCACGCACGAGAACAGGGUACACCUAAAGUUGAAACCGUUUACUUGUAAGCUCUGCGGGAAAGGGUGCGGGGAUCCGGGCGGUUUAAAAAUCCACAUUUCUGGCUUCCAUUUACAGGAGAAACCCCACAAGUGUGGCGAUUGUGGGGCAGAAUUUACCGUAAAAUGCAGUCUGGAUAAACAUUGGGAAUCGCGUCAUGCCGAGUCUCGUAAAGUGUUUGAGUGUCGGGAGUGUGGAAGGACGUGGUUGACAGUGGCCUCGCUAAAGGAGCACAUGGAAGGGGAACACGGUCAGGGGGAAGAAUUCCCUUGUGGGUUUACCGGGUGUGGGAAGGUAGCUAAAACUCUGAAAGCAUUAAAACGACACGAAGCUACACAUUCUAGUAGAGAAGUUACUUGUUCAGAGUGUGGGAAAAUGUAUGCGUCGAGAGGUUCGUUGAGCGAGCAUGUUAAGAGGGUGCAUUUUUGAGAUAUCCUGACCAACCUGUGGUACCCGAUAAACAUGGUGGAGAAUUUGUAGAGAAGUUGGAGCCAAAUGUGGGACGAAUCGGAGAAAAAUUACUGUAAAAUUAUUUUCAC